GCACAGUCAUGUCACAGUUCACUUGAUUCAUGUUAUGUUUUUUUCUGCAAUGUUUUUGUUUUAAUUUUCACCGUGUUGCUUUUUAAUUAAAUUUUCUAGGAGUGAUUAGUAAUAGCAACCUGAUUUCUCCAUUUUCCAUAAGAGAUGAUACGGUAAACCGAUUUUCUACAAUUAGUUACGCAUCGUAGCGGAACUAAUCAAAAUGCAAAAGAAGCGCACCGAGUAAAGACAAAAGGGGCCAAAAAUACUUUAAAAAAAUGGACAACGAUAAUGUUAAAGAUGGUGCUCCAAUGGGAAAUGCUAACUGUGACGUUGCUGAAGAGGCUAUUUCUACUGAUUCUGAUGAGUAUCUUUCAGGAGGACCAUUGAGAUACAAAAACUAUGAUUUCGACCACUCAACCGCUUCCAACAUAACACUGCUAGCCCAAAGUAUGACCUUAUCAGACAAUAACGACAAUACAAGCUUAGCCAGUAGCCGAGACAACAUUUCAGUGUCUCACAGUGAUAUUUUAAAUCCUAUUCAAAUACCCAUUGUUGGGUAUGAAAUUAUGGAAGAGAGAGCUCGAUUUACUGUAUAUAAAUUAAGAAUAGAAAAUAAAAUCAACGGGGAUUGUUGGUAUGUUUUUAGAAGAUAUACAGACUUCGUUAGGCUGUGCAAUAGAUUUCACAACAAGUUUCCUCAAGUUGUUAAACAUUUACCAAGGAAAAGAUGGUUAAAAAACAAUUUUGACCCAAUUUUCCUUGAAGAAAGAAUCAACGGCCUUCAAACCCUAGUAAACGCAAUCCUAAUGGACCCUCAAAUGAUUUGCACCAAAGAAAUUCAAGAUUUCUUUUGUCUGAACGAGCCUCCAGUGCAUUCAGACAGCAACGAAGAAUCCAGGGCCAUUUUCGAAGCUCUAGAAGACACCAUUGGCAGUUUGAAAUUGCAGCUGCGAGAAAAGGAUGCCCGUAUUGAUUUGUUGCAGCAAAAAGUGCAAGAGUUGCUUAACGAAAAUGAGAAUUUGAAAAGGAAUCUUUUGAGUGCUUCUACUCAAGAGAAUAAAUUGUGAUAUUUUUAAAUACAGAUGAUAAUUUAUUUUUAUUAUAUUGUAAAGAUCUUUAUUAUACUUGUGUUGGUUGUAAUACUAAACAGUGUUGUAAUUAUUGUCAAGUUAUGUUAUAAACUUAUUUCAUAUUUGAAAUAAUAAUUUUAUUGUUAUUAGCUUUGGAGCAAUAUUUUUAUAGAAUUAAUGUAAUUUUUGCUGAAAAAAAAUCACCUAUUUUGGACAAUAAUUUUGUAAAUAGUCUAUAAUUGAAAUAUUUUAAUAAAAAAU